AUGUCACAAUCUACAUCACCAACAGCCAAGAAGGUUCUUGAGGGAAUCGAGGUCGGAAAGAAGGGAGGUGCCUCCUUCACUGAGAAGUUGGCCCCAGACGCAAUGGCCUUCUUCAACCAGGUUGCUGCCCAAUCAUUCUCCCAACAGGCUGUCGCCUUCUUGAACGCCUACUGGUUCGAGCUGUCCACUGAGGCUGAGUUCAUCUACGCUGUUGCCUGGGACACCAUCAAGUACGCUGAUAUGCACUUCAAGGGUAUCCAGUUGGUGUACAAGUAUGAUGAGGGUAACGACCUCGACUUUGACAUUGGUCUCUACUUCUAUGAGCAGCUGUGCAAGUUCUGUGAGGACCCAAAGAACUCCAAGUACCCAGCCACCUACGUCAAGUCGAUGCCAGUGAUGAUGACCGCCUUGAAGAGAAAGCAAGAGUUGAGAGAGAAGGUCGACGUCAACUUUGACGGUCGUAUCUCCUUCCUCGAGUACCUCUUGUACCAAUACCAAGACUACGCCAACCCAGCUGACUUCUGCACCCGUUCAAUGGGUCACGACGAGCAUCCAGAGAUCAAGAAGGCCCGUCUGGCCCUCGAGGAGGUCAACAAGCGUAUCCGUGCCUACGAGGAGGAGAAGGCCCGUUUGACCGCUGAGUCCCAGCAGAACGGAGGCCAGGGUGUCAAGGCCCUCGGUGCCAAGAACAUGUUGGCUCAGAUCGAUGCCGGUCCCCUCAAGGAGGAGCUCAACAAGGCUCUCAUCACCGCCGAGGCUGCCGUCCGUAUUGCUUGCAAGAAGUACGGAGGCGCCGCCGGUGUCCCAGGCCAAGGUGGUGCUCACUCAUCCGAGGGUGCCCUCUGGUGGUUGAACCGUGACCUUGAGGAGAAGAAGAGAAGAUACGGACCAAAGGCCAAGUAA